AUGGCAGCUUCCAGGCCUGCGGACGAGGAGGCGCUGCUUGCGUUACCAGCUCCUGUGCCCAGUGGGAUGUCAGGGAGCUUGCGCCUUGCAGCGGUGGUGAGUGCCCUGUUCGUUGCUGCGGCGCUGGGCACCGUGGUGGCCGGGACGAGUAGGAGGAGCAUCCUUUUGCUUGGCGAGGCAGAGAGCCUCGUCGGUCUGGACGCAGUUCCGGAUGGUUGCUUUAAGCGCGGCAUGUUCUACACGGGUCCGCACAAACUGCCCGGCUCCACUCGCACGGUGGAGGCACCGAAACAUGAUCUUCCAUCCAUCACCUAG